CCUCCCAGCGCCCCGCCCCGGCUCCUCCGCGCGUCCCUCUCUCCUCGGGAGCCAGGCUCCGACAGACGGGCGGACGGACGCGCGUACUAAGGGACCAGUGGGCGGCCAGGCGCGGGGCCGCGAGAGGAGCAGGUGUGGGCCAGGCACUAAGCCCUGGACCCAGGCCACUCUGAGGUCUGCCCUCUCACCGCCAGCCACCGUCGAGGACGCCAUGAGCCAAUCAGGGUCUGUGAGCUGUUGCCCGGGUGCUGCCAAUGGCAGCCUGGGCCAGUCUGACGGUGUGGCCAAGAUGAGUGCCAAGGACCUGUUUGCUCAGAGGAAGAAGUACUCCAACUCCAAUGUCAUCAUGCACGAGACCUCCCAGUACCACGUCCAGCACUUGGCCACGUUCAUCAUGGACAAGAGUGAGGCCAUUGUGUCCGUGGAAGAUGCCAUCCGGAAGCUGGUGCAGCUGAGCUCCAAGGAGAAGAUCUGGACACAGGAGAUGCUGCUGCAGGUCAACGACCAGUCGCUGCGGCUGCUGGACGUGGAAUCCCAGGAGGAGCUGGAGAACUUCCCACUGCCGACCGUGCGGCACAGCCAGACCGUGCUGAACCAGCUACGCUACCCGUCGGUGCUGCUGCUCGUGUGCCAGGACUCAGACCAGAGCAAGCCCGACGUCCACUUCUUCCACUGCGACGAGGUGGAGGCGGAGCUGGUGCAUGAGGACAUCGAGAGCGCGCUGGCCGACCGCCGCCUGGGGAAGAAGAUGCGGCCACAGACCCUCAAGGGCCACCAGGAGAAGAUCCGGCAGCGGCAGUCCGUCCUGCCCCCGUCCCAGGGCCCGGCCCCCAUCCCCUUCCAGCGCUACGGCAGGGACUCGCCUUCCACCAAGAACCGAGUGGGCCUGCCCACGCCGCUCGGAGACCCAGGCUUUCGCCGUUGGGAGUCGCAGGACGAGGAGCCGAGGGCCGUGCUGGCUCAGAAGAUCGAGAAGGAGACGCAAAUCCUCAACUGCGCCCUGGACGACAUCGAGUGGUUCGUGGCUCGGCUGCAGAAGGCCGCUGAGGCUUUCAAGCAGCUGAACCAGCGCAAGAAGGGGAAGAAGAAGGGGAAGAAGGGGCCGGCAGGGCAGCGGCGGGCCGGCCAGGCUUACCCGCCAACCCCCUGUCCAGAGGGCGUCCUCACGCUGCGAGCACGGCCCCCCUCCGAGGCCGAGUUUGUUGACUGUUUCCGGAAGACCAAGCUGGCCAUCAACCUGCUCGCCAAGCUGCAGAAGCACAUCCAGAACCCUAGCGCAGCCGAGCUGGUGCACUUCCUCUUCGGGCCUCUGGAUCUGAUCGUCAGCACCUGUGGUGGCCCAGACAUUGCUCGCUCCGUCUCCAGCCCCCUGCUCUCCCGAGACACUGUGGGCUUCCUGCGCGGCCACCUGGUCCCCAAGGAGAUGGCGCUGUGGGAGUCCCUGGGGGAGACCUGGACACGACCCCGCUCCGAGUGGCCUCGGGAGCCGCAGGUGCCCCCCUACGUGCCCAAGUUCCAGAGCGGCUGGGAGCCACCCCUGGACGUGCUGCAGGAGGCCCCCUGGGAGGUGGAGGGGCUGGCAUCAGCCCCCGGUGAUGAGCCAACUCCAGUGAGCCGCACGUCCUUCAGAAACUCCCCAAAGCAUGGCCUCACAUCUGAGCCCACACCCCAGGGAGACGUCAGCUCCCCACAUGCUCACAGGGGCUACGAACCCGCACCGGCCAUGGCCAAGUACGUCAAGGUCCUCUACGACUUCACAGCCCGCAACGCGAACGAGCUGUCGGUGCUCAAGGACGAGGUCCUGGAGGUGCUGGAAGACGACCACCAGUGGUGGAAGCUUCGAAAUCGCAGCGGCCAGGCAGGCUACGUGCCCGGCAACAUCCUGGCCGAGACCCAGCCGGAGGACGCCCUCCUGGAGCAGGGGGUGAAAUACUGGGGUCCUGCCAGCCCAACCCACAAGCUGCCCCCAGGCUUUGCCGGGAACAAAGGCGAGCUGAUGCAGCACAUGGACGAGGUCAACGACGAGCUCAUCAAGAAGAUCAGCCACAUCAAGGCACAGCCGACGCGAAACUUCCGCGUGGAGCGCAGCCAGCCCGUGCACCUGCCGCUCACCUACGAGUCCGGCCCCAGCGAGGUCCGCGCCUGGCUGGAAGCCAAGGCCUUCAGCGCCCGGAUCGUGGAGAACCUGGGCAUCCUGACCGGGCCCCAGCUCUUCUCGCUCAACAAGGACGAGCUGCGGAAGGUGUGCGGGGAGGAGGGCGCCCGCGUGUACAGCCAGCUCACCGUGCAGAAGGCCGUCCUGGAGAAGCAGCAAGGUGGGUCGGAGCUGGAGGAGCUCAUGAGCAAGUUCCAUUCCAAGAACCAGAGGCGGGCGGAGGAAGACAGCUAGGCCCGCGGCAGGGCCCGCCCCCGCGGCUGGAGUAUUAUUUUUGUACGUGUACGUAUUUCGGACCGUGGACUCGGACGGAGAGUCGUGCCGGCUGGGGACCGGCUCGCCCGCCUCGUGGCACGUGGGGCCUGUCCUCCGGCUCAGCGGUGCCCCGGCCCACACUCCCCACCUUCCCCGACGCCCACCGUAGCCAAACUUGCCACCAGGUGGUGCCAGCCCCUCGUCCGCCCGCCCGCUGAGGCCAGAGCUGUGCCGGUCCCAGACCCAGCCCUGCCCUUCCCCACAGCUCUCCCUGAGGCCUCAGAACCCACGCACACAACCCUGGGAGGGGGCAGGGACCUUUCCUCUGGCCGCCUUCGUCCACACAGGGGUUCCUCCCGGCGCAGGUGACUCUGGCCCUGCCCCUGUCCCCACGGCCUCCUGCAGCCACUGCAUCCCCAUACCUCCAGGUGGCCGGCUGCGGGCCACCAGGGCAGCAGACCUCAGCCACCCAGCUGCCCUUGGCUCUGAGCUGGUUGGGCUGGUGCCCUUUGCCCCCAGAGAUUGCCCUCAGCGCCCACCCAGCACACGGCACCCCCAGGGUGGGCUGGGGGACUCCGGGCCCCACUGGGGUGGGGCGCAUGCCGUUCUCCCUUCACCACCUGGAGGAUCAAGGAUGGACUGAACACCACUCACCUGAGUUCUGGCCUUGGGCACCCCUCACCCCCACCCCAGCCCUGCCCACUCCCCCACCGCAGAGCCAGAAGGGAACCUUCUCUGAGCAAGUCUCAGGCCAGCCUUGCCUGGCGUGCUGUGUGCUGGGGGUUGAGUCUUGGAGCCCUGGACUCUGCGGGUCGCCCCCCAGCGAGGAAAGGUGACCGAGGCUCAGAAUCCAUAUCAUUAAACCACUUAAGUCUCCCAGCA